AUGAACGACAUCAAACUGGCCCUGCUGGGAAGCCAGGGGGCUGGGAAAUCAGCUGUCCUUGUGCGGUUCCUGACCAGACGCUUCAUUGGCGAAUAUGCCUCAAAUGCCAACUCCCUGUAUCAUAAAAGGCUGUCCAUCGAUGGCAGGCAGCUGAAUCUGGAAGUUUUUGACCCCUGCUCUCAGAGCUCAGAGGCCAGGUGUAUACUGGAGGAGCCGGUGGACUGGGCAGACGGCUUUGUGGUGGUGUACAACAUAAGCGACCGCACUUCCUUCCUCAACGCCAAGAACAUCCUGCAGCAGAUUCGAGAGGCACGCAUGGAUAACUGCAAAGGGGAGAUAGGGGUUCCUGUCUGUCUGGUGGGUAACAAGCAGGACCUGUGUCACGCCCGGCAGGUGCGAGAGGACGAGGGCCGCUGCCUCGCACAGGAGAACCGCUGUCAAUUCCAGGAGGUGUCGGCAGCCGAGAGCUACCAGGACAUCGCCUGCCUCUUCACCCUGCUCAUCCGGCAGGUGAUGGACCACCUGAAAUAUCGUGCCGACCGACGCCGCUACAGCGGGUCUAAAUCUAUGGCCAAGCUCAUCAACAAUGUCUUUGGCAAGAGGAGAAAGUCAGUGUGAUGGUUCCAGAAAGGGACUGGAGGUUGUGUUUAUGGACCUUUAUUAAAGGGAACUGGCCAGGAGGUCACAGGCUGUGUUGAGCCUGUGUGUUCACACUGUGAGCAACAUGGAUGGUUAUGUGAAAGGAUGGCAUGGUGUCUCUAAGACUGCGACUACCAAAUGUACAGAAGAAAGUUGUUUUCAUAGUUUUGCUGCUUUUAGCUUUGACUUUCAUGUUUGAUUGCUUUGAGGGGUUAUUUUGCAAAAG